AUGAAGUUAGCGGUCCUCCUCCUUCUGUCAGUGUCCUGCCCGCUGUCCCUCGCCAACAUCGCCGCUCCAAGUGAGUUUGUAUCGUUGGCUGAGAUGGAGGAUACCUUGCUGAAUAACCUUUUCAAAGGCUACCAGCGCUGGGUCAGGCCUAUUCAACGUGCCAAUGACACCGUUAAAGUGCGCUUCGGACUCAAGAUCUCCCAGCUGGUUGAUGUGGAUGAGAAGAACCAGCUAAUGACAACUAAUGUCUGGCUGUGUCAGGAGUGGAUUGAUUACAAGCUGCGAUGGAAUCCAGACGAGUAUGGAGGAAUCACUUCUAUCAGAGUUCCUUCUGAAAAUAUCUGGCUCCCAGACAUUGUCCUCUAUGAGAAUGCUGAUGGGCGAUUUGAAGGCUCUCUGAUGACCAAAGCCAUUGUCAAGUUCAAUGGUGGCAUCACUUGGACACCACCUGCCAGUUACAAGUCUGCUUGCACUAUGGAUGUCACCUUCUUCCCUUUUGACCGCCAGAACUGCACCAUGAAGUUUGGCUCUUGGACAUACGAUGGCAACAUGGUAGACUUGGUUCUGAUGGACAACCAGGUAGAUCGGAAGGACUUCUUUGAUAAUGGGGAGUGGGAGAUCCUCAGUGCCACUGGUGCAAGAGGGAACAGGAAAGAUGGCUUGUAUUCUUACCCCUUCAUCACAUAUUCUUUUAUCCUGAAGAGGCUGCCAUUGUUCUACACACUCUUCCUCAUCAUCCCUUGUUUGGGGUUGUCCUUUCUGACUGUCCUGGUGUUUUACCUUCCUUCAGAUGAAGGGGAGAAGCUGUCACUCUCUACCUCCGUCUUAGUGUCACUCACUGUGUUCCUCUUGGUCAUAGAAGAGAUCAUCCCUUCCUCCUCAAAAGUGAUCCCACUUAUUGGAGAGUAUCUGCUGUUCAUUAUGAUCUUUGUCACGCUCUCAAUCAUCGUCACUGUCUUUGUCAUCAAUGUGCACCACCGCUCCUCAGCCACCUACCAUCCCAUGUCGCCAUGGGUUCGUAAUCUCUUCCUUCAGAAAUUGCCCAGGUUGUUGUGCAUGCGAGGUCACACUGACCGCUACCACUACCCAGAACUGGCACCUGAAAGUCCUGAGGUCAAAACACGAUCUGGAGGUCGGAAAGGUGGCCAGAGAACGAACAGCGGAGCUCACGGACAGAUGACUGCUGAAGGGAAAGAGGAGGAGGCCUGGGCAACCAUGUUGGAGAAGGCCAUCUACUCAGUGCGGUACAUCAGCAGACACAUCCGCAAGGAGCACUUCAUUCGAGAGGUGGUACAAGACUGGAAGUUUGUGGCCCAGGUAUUGGACCGUAUAUUCCUGUGGGCUUUCCUUACUGUUGCGGUACUGGGCACCAUCCUCAUCUUCACUCCAGCACUGCAGAAGUUCCUCAAAAUCCCACCUCCAACUGCAAGUGAGGAUCCACCUUCAAACUAA